GCUUAAUCCCUGACAUCCUUUAAUACCCAAGUGGACACUGCUGCUGUCGCUUAACAGAGCUUCGUGAUCAGGGCAUCGAGUUUAGACGAGAUAAGACAUGGCCUCCUUUUGGGAUACAGAAGGUACUGUGACACCUGUGGAUUCUAUCCAGCUGCAGAAAUACAUGCAAUACAGCACUUUGAGGGUAAAAGAUGUGAUCAAGGAGUUUCAAAGCGGGGGUCGGCUCGCCCAGCACAGCUCUCGAGAGUAUGUGGAUCUGGAAGGGUUCAGCCUCUUCCUUAAGACCUACCUAGAGGUGGACGACUUUCCUGCAGAUUUCUGCCAGCGCCUUUUCCUUUACUUCCAAAAUUUUGAGCAGGAUGGCUCCACGGCGAACGCCCAGGCCAAAGGUGGGGUGCUUCUCCGUGACGUGUCCUGUUACUUGUCAGUGCUGGAGGAAGGGCAGCCACGAGAGAAGCUGGAAUUUACAUUCAAACUUUACGACAAAGAUGGUAAUGGACACCUGGAUAGCUCUGAAGUGGAUCGGAUCAUCACGCAGAUGAUGCGGGCAGCUGAUUACCUUGGCUGGGACGUGGUUGAGCUCAGAACUAUACUCAAGGACAUGAUGACAGCGAUUGAUGUGGAUGACAGUGAUACUGUCACACUGGAGGAAUGGCUGAAAGGAGGGAUGAACAAUGUGCCUUUGCUUGUUCUGCUUGGACUGAAGGUGCCGGAAAGGGAUGGGCAGCAUAUUUGGAGAAUGAAGAAUUUUAACAAACCGGCCUACUGCUGUGUAUGUCAGAGCAUGCUGCUCGGCCUCAGGAAGCAGGGACUCUGCUGUACCCGUUGCAGUUAUACUGUCCAUAGUCGGUGUUCAACCAAGAACGUUGAGCCCUGUGUGCCCACGUUUGUCAAAUCCAAACAAGAACUGAGGGUGCCGUCUCAUGACUGGGUCAGAUCUGACCGCAGCUCCAAGUGUCAAGUUUGCCAAAAGAAGAUUAAAACUUUAGCUGGAAGGCUUUGUGUGUGGUGCCACCAGAUGCGACACGACGAGUGCAUCUACACUGGAAUAUCCACCUGUGACUGUGGCCUACUGAAAGAUCAUAUUCUCCCUCCAUGGGCCAUACAUGCUCGCUCCAAGGAACAGGACACCAACCUGUUGAACAUAACUCCUGAUGGCAACAUCUUACAGAUUGUUCCCAUUCCUAACAUUCACCCGCUGCUGGUAUUCGUAAACCCAAAGAGUGGAGGAAACCAGGGUGAAAGAGUUCUAUGUAAGUUUCAGUACCUGCUGAACCCACGUCAAGUGUACAACCUUUCCAAUGGAGGUCCCGCGCCAGGGCUACAUUUCUUCCGCAAUCUUCAUGACUACAGGAUUUUAUCAUGUGGAGGAGACGGUACCGCCGGGUGGAUCCUGGAUGCCAUCGACAAAGCUGGCCUCCAGGUGAAUCCUCAAGUAGCUAUCCUGCCCUUGGGUACCGGCAAUGACCUGGCUCGCUGUCUGCGCUGGGGAGGAGGCUACGACGGGUCUGAUCUGACAGAGACCCUGAAGGACAUUGAGGCAAGUGAGCUGAUCCAAAUGGACCGCUGGAGCAUUCAGGUGAUACCAAAUGAUCCUAAACAAGCGGGAGACCAUGUGCCCUACCAGAUCAUCAACAACUACUUCUCAGUAGGAUCGGAUGCUUCAGUUGCUCAUCGUUUCCACUCCAUGAGAGAGAAAUACCCUCAGAGGUUCAACAGCAGAAUGAAAAACAAGCUUUGGUAUUUGGAGUUUGCCACAUCUGAGACCAUCAGCUCCUCUUGCAAGAACCUUACAGAGUGUCUCGCCAUUGAGUGCUUUGGGAAACGUCUGGACCUGAGCACCACAUCUCUCGCGUGCAUCGCUGUCCUCAACAUACCUAGCAUGUAUGGCGGCUCCAACCUGUGGGGCGAAUCCAGUAAGGCUGAUGGUCCACCACAUGUGCAGCCUGAUGAAGUCAUCACUGAUCCAGAAAUUCUUAAAACAACACCACAAAGCAUGACGGAUAAGCGACUUGAGGUUGUGGGCCUGGAAGGGAUGAUAGAAAUGGGUCAGAUCUACACUGGACUGAAGAGCGCCGGGCACAGAUUGGCACAGGCUUCCCAAAUUACUAUUAGGACGCUCAAAGCCCUGCCCAUGCAGAUUGAUGGGGAGCCGUGGAUGCAACCUCCUUGUACAAUCCACAUAACUCACAAGAACAAAGCUAACAUGUUAAUGGCGCCACCAGCAAAGCCAUCCGGCUUCUUCCACCUCAAGUAGAACAGCCUUUUUCCACAGAGGGAUUCCCAACAACAGUAUUCCAUAAAUAAUGCAGAGAUACUCUGUGUUUGAUUGUUUCAGUCUUUUCAAUAGCAUUAUUUGUGUGUUCUGUUUCCCAGAAUUCCUACACUGCAGUUGUGUUACGAGUAAGCAAUAAUUGUCGUUAAUGUGCCGGUUUGAAAUAAUGCAACCUCUUUUGUGGUUGAAUCACAUUUUCACACAAGGAUAAAACAUCGGUACAUGUUUACAUGUGGUUGUUGUGUUCACUGUUUGGCUAAAUAGAUACGCAGUAGGGUGAUAGCUUCUUAAUGACGUGCUUACCUGCACUUAAUGUAUUGUAGAAAUAUAUUUAUUUAUGUGUUUUAAUUGACAGACCAGGGAGAACAGUUAAAAUGACCUUAAUGCAAUGUGUUUGAGUUUUAUUGGACCUUUAGGUGUUAUGCAAACAGUGCGAUGUUAACUUGACUUGCUCAGUGUCUUUUCUCUCCUACAAACUUCACAGCAAGGCAGAUGUUAAUCUAACCUAGUAAACUAAUAUAAGGUGGAAUUAUGUAAUACAUUGAUUACUUUGGGGGAAAUCUUUUAUUGCUGUUACAUUAUUUAUGGUUGAUGGUCAUUUUCUAUUGAUAUUAAAUACUGAGAAAUACACCCAUUUCAAUGUA